CAGAGAUGGUGUCAAACACAAACCAUCAGAGCUUCUCUGAUUACUGCUGAGGAACAAACAUUUGUUUGGCUGCUCUGAACAAACAGAGAUAGGCUUCGGCUGAAUUGACAGGGGCCACUAAAUUGUGUCUCUGACACCUCACCCAUCGCCCCAAAACCAUUAAGAGGGAGACUGUGUGUGAUGAUAAUGUAUUGAUCAGAACUUGAUGGAUGACCGUGAGGGAAAUAUAAGUGAAGUUCUCGGUCGAGUUGAGGAACAGUCUGGUUGCCGGAACACGGAGACACCAUGCUUUCUUUGGCUCUGCUCUCCCUUGUCGCUGGGAUAUGUUCAACAUCAUGGACGCAUCCUCUGCCCCUGUAUCCUGAAAACAGCCUGGAGCCACAAGCAGCAGACUUCAUCCAGAAAUUAGUAUCAGAAGUGGAUGAUGGAGCAAACACAGCUGAGGCAGAACAGAGGGAGGUGAAUAAUCUCUAUCCAUCAUUAAAUGGAAGGAGAGACUCCUGGAACAAUGGAGCAAAGGAUUCAGCACAACAGGACAGGUUCGGAAAUAUGGUUGAGGACCUGAAAGAAGUCGUCCUGAAACUGGCAGCGGCCGACAAGCUUCGCUCUCAGGGUUUUCUCCGAUCAGAGCAGAGUCUCCCGAAAACUAACAAAAGAGCAUGUUUCUGGAAGUACUGUGUGACCAACUAGUGCACAGCAGCAGGACAUUUGGUGUGGUUCAAGCAUGGAAACGUUGUUCAACGCCCUCCUUUUUGUGUUCAACAAAUGGCACAUAUCUCAUCUACACUGGAUCGAAAGAAGAUAUAUUUUUGAAACUGUAAAAUGGUCUUUUUCUGUGGCUGAAAAUAAACUUGAAUAUCAGAAAUGC